GCGGCGGGCGCGCGGGCGGCGCGCGAGCACGCGGACGCAGAAGGAAGGCCAACAGGGCACUCCGCCGCGGGGGCGAGCGCGCAGGCGCCUUCCCACCCGCUGCGGCGCGAAUUCCCAGGUUCAGCGCUCUGCAGGGCUACUUCUUCAUAGACAUAAAAAUCAAUAUUUAGCUGUUUGGAAACGAAGCACCACUUAAAAUCCUCUCAAACUCCUAAUUCCGAAGAACUGGUAACAUUUUUCUGAUCAAGAAAAGAAGUAACUGACUGCAUGUUAAAAGUAUUCCGGCAUUAGUCCUGUUUUUUAUUUUUUUUCUCUCCUUAAAUUUGAAGAAGAAAUAUGGAGAAAUGGUACUUGAUGACAGUUGUGGUCUUAAUAGGACUAACAGUACGGUGGACAGUUUCUCUUAAUUCUUAUUCAGGUGCUGGAAAGCCCCCUAUGUUUGGUGAUUAUGAAGCUCAGAGACACUGGCAAGAAAUUACUUUCAAUUUACCAAUCAACCAAUGGUAUUUUAACAGCAGUGAUAACAAUUUACAGUAUUGGGGACUGGAUUAUCCACCUCUUACAGCUUAUCAUAGUCUUUUAUGUGCAUAUGUGGCAAAGUUUAUAAAUCCAGACUGGAUUGCUCUCCAUACAUCACGUGGAUACGAGAGUCAGGCACAUAAGCUCUUCAUGCGUGCAACAGUGUUAAUUGCUGAUUUGCUGAUUUACAUACCUGCAGUAGUUUUGUACUGUUGUUGUUUAAAAGAAAUCUCAACUAAGAAAAAGAUUGCUAAUGCAUUAUGCAUAUUGCUGUAUCCAGGCCUUAUUCUUAUUGACUAUGGACAUUUUCAAUAUAAUUCUGUGAGUCUUGGCUUUGCUUUAUGGGGUGUUCUUGGAGUGUCUUAUGACUGGGACCUGCUAGGGUCACUGGCAUUCUGCUUAGCUAUAAAUUAUAAGCAAAUGGAACUUUACCACUCCUUGCCAUUUUUUUGCUUUUUACUUGGCAAGUGUUUCAAAAAAGGCCUCAAAGGAAAGGGGUUUGUAUUGUUAAUUAAGCUGGCUUGUACUGUUGUGGCUUCCUUCAUUCUCUGCUGGCUGCCAUUUUUUACAGAAAGGGAGCAAACCCUGCAAGUUCUAAGAAGACUCUUCCCAGUAGAUCGUGGAUUAUUUGAGGAUAAAGUAGCCAAUGUUUGGUGCAGUUUCAGUGUCUUUCUGAAGAUCAAGGAUAUUUUGCCACAUCACAUCCAGAUAAUGAUCAGCUUCUGUUUUACAUUUUUGAGCCUGCUUCCUGCAUGUAUGAAAUUAACACUUCACCCUUCUCCUAAAGGAUUCAAAUUUACUCUGGUUAGCUGUGCACUAUCAUUCUUUUUAUUUUCUUUCCAAGUACACGAAAAGUCCAUUCUUUUGGUAUCAGUACCAGUCUGCUUAGUUUUAAGUGAAAUUCCUUUUAUGUCUACUUGGUUUUUACUUGUGUCAACAUUUAGUAUGCUACCUCUUCUGCUGAAAGAUGAACUAGUAAUGCCCUCAGUUGUGACAGCGAUGGCAUUUUUUAUAGCUUGCACAACUUCCUUUUCAAUAUUUGAAAAGACUUCUGAAGAAGAACUGCAGUUGAAAUCCUUUUCCAUUUCUGUUAGGAAAUAUUUUCCGUGUUUUACAUUUCUUCCCAGAAUUAUACGGUAUUUGUUUCUUACCUCAGUAAUCACUAUGGUCCUUCUGACACUGAUGACUGUCACACUGGAUCCUCCUCAGAAACUACCGGACUUAUUUUCUGUAUUGGUAUGUUUUGUAUCCUGCUUAAACUUCCUGUUCUUCUUAGUAUACUUUAACAUUAUAAUCAUGUGGGAUUCCAAAAAUGAAAGAAAUCAGAAGAAAAUCAACUAGCCUUAUCCCCAAAGAAAUGUGAAAAUGUUAAUAGUGCUACAAGAUUUUAUGAACUUUUUUGCUAUGAAUAAAUAAAAUUAUUUUGAGAACCAUGGAAUUUUAGGAAAGGAAAUAAUGAAAAGUCAUUGUCUACACAAAAUAAAUGUAUAUGAGGUCCAAAGCAAUGGAGGCUUUUUAUUUUCUAACAACUGAGUGGCUAAGAAGUAUUGUAGAUUUAUUAAAUUCACAGUUAUUCAAGUGAGAAAAUAAGAGAAAAAUGUCCUUAAUACCAGCAUUUAUGUAGGAAAUAUAUUCUAUAAUUUGUUGCCUUGAAAAAAAAAUCUGCAAAUACAAUGAAUUUUAAUGGGAGAAUUUAACCCUUUCUUUUUGAAGGAAAUCACUAAUUUUUGUAUUCAGAUUUAGUUUUUCUUACAUUUUAGUUUUUCUUACAUUUUCUUAUGUUCAUUCUUUAAAAAUUAUAUCUCAGGGAUUAAAUGUGUGAUAAUCUUUUUUUUUUUUUUUUUUUUUUUUUGCUUUUUAAGGCUGCACUUGCAGCAUAUGGAAUUUCCCAGGCUAGGAGUUGAAUUGGAGGUGUAGCUGCCAACCUACACCACAGCCACAGCAAUGUCAGAUCCCAGCCCCAUCUGCGACCUGCACCACAGCUCAUGGCAAUGCCAGAUCCCCAACCCACUGAGCAAGGCCAGGGAUCGAACCCCCAUCCUCAUGGAUACUACUCUGCCACAACAGGAACACGCAAUAAUCUUUUAAAUUGCCAUGAGAAGACAAUUUAAACUGCUUAAAGUUUGAAUAUGCCUUACUACAUGUGCACAUUAGAACUUUUUACAAGGUAGAGAGAUUAAACUGUUCUUAUUUAUUUCCAAGAGCUCUGAUAUACUUGAAUGUAAUUAAACAAUGUAUUUUCCUGAAUUUAAAUCUAAGUGAGUGAAGUCUCUUUAAUUACUCAUGGUCAUUAGUUCUGAACUUUCAGGAUCAUUCUUUUUAAGUUACUGGGGUUCAUCUUUCUGUUCUCUGUGGUUCAAGGUUACCACUGCCAUAAACAUUGAUCCAUAUCAUGCUGCAUAUUAAUUUAGCCCUGUUAUUACUUUAUCACUAUAGUAGAAGUCCAUCUAUUUUUAUUUAUUUAUUUUGGUCUUCUUAGGGCCGUACCUGUGGCAUAUGGAAGUUCCUAGGCUAGGGGUCGAAUCAGAGCUGUAGCUGCCAGCCUAUCCCACAGCCAUAGCCACACCAGAUCUGUGACCUGCACCACAGCUCACCACAACACUGGAUCCUUAACUCACUGAGCAAGGUCAGGGAUCAAACCCAUGUCCUCUUGGAUAUUAGUCAGGCUUGUUACCAUUGAGACACAAUGGGAACUCCAUAAGUCCAUCUUUGCUAUAGUGUUCAACUGGUAAAAAUAAUUUAUUAUAGCCAUGUUGUAGUUACUCAUGUAAAGCUGUGUUUUCUUUAGUCUCUGUAAUAAAAAUAAAAUAAAUCAUUUUCCCAUCAA